CUCACACAGCGCGGUCCAAGCGCGGGCAUGCGGGCGAGCCCACCCGCGGGCGGGCGGGAAGGGGAGCUAAAGUGACCCCCGCAGGAUCGGUAGUGUGAUCACUGGAUUGUAUGGUCCAGAAAUAAAUGAAUCACAGCCAUGAAGAAACUAUGAAGAAAAUCAGUGUGGUGAACCUUGAUAAACUUUUAGAUAACUUCUCAGAGAUAGAAAAGAAAAUAUCAGAAAUUACUGAAGCAAAUAACCUACUGGUCCUUCAGCUGGAAAAAUGUAACAGGUUGUUAACAUUAAGCCAAUCAAUGGAGGAAUCAGUAAAAGAAGAAUAUACUACUCUACAGAAUGUGAUAAAGGGUCUAACACAAACCAUUGAAAACCAGUGUAAUGUGAAAGAUGAAAAUGAAAGACUGAAGGGUACCAUUCAUAUCUUGGAAGAGAAAUUAAAGGCUUGUGAACAGGAAUAUAAAGAUCAGAUCGAGAAACUUACGAUAGAAAUUAAAAACAAAGAGGAAGACCACAAAUUGGAAAUAACACAGUUGAAUUGCAAUAUAAGAAAAAAAUUUGAAGUAAAGGAAAUGGAGUAUAGAGAACAGAGAGAGAAAAAAGAACUGGAAAUACUAGAGCUGACUAGACAGCUGAAAAUUCAGAAUGAAGAGAAGCAGAAUGAAAUAAUUAAACUGCAGAUAGAGUUCAAUGCUAAAUUAGCAAGAGUUCAGAAUAAAACAACAAAAUCAUUUUCAGAGGCUUCUGUCUUGCCACAGAGUAUCUAUCGAAGGAAGCUGCAGCAUCUCCAGGAGGAGAAAAACAAGGAAAUUGAAAUUCUUCGAAACACCAUAAGAGACUUAGAACAACGUCUCAACAAAAGCCAAGACUUGCCUUUCAAACAGAGGCAGUAUUGAGUAAAUGACAUAGUUUCAGUAGUACAUACAAUGAGAAAUAGUAUAUUUCAAACUGUGCACCUGAAAGUAAAGCCAAGAUAGGAAGAAAUACAGGUGUUUUUUUUAUUGAAAACACUCUUCUCAAAUAUUCCAAAGACAUGCAUUCUUUGUAUGUUCAAGACUACUUUCUUGCUAAUCAGCAUUCACAAUAAAAAGAUUCAGGUUUGGUAGGAAUAAUAAUUUCCCUAUUAAACCAUCAUUAAUUAUGGUGUACGCUUUCAAAGCAGUUUUUCUUUCUUGAAUGCUCUCUUCAUCCAGGAAUCCUUCUAACAACUAUAUUUUUAUUUCAACUCAGUUAAUCAAAGGUUAGGAAAGCUAAGCUACAGACAGAGAAGUUAUACAAGUGGUAUAUUACCUUACUAAUCACUAUAGAUUUAUCAAAUUCAGCACUGUUAUGAACAAAGAUAAACAUUAAAC